UGUUUGUUAGCACCGUUAGCAUAGUUAGCAUCGAGCCCCAAAAGACGCGCGUAAUUCUUCAUCACCGGAAAAUAAAACCUGAAAUAUUCACACAUCUUUAAGUUCAUCAUUAAACGGACGGAGCAGAGUUAAUGGUGGCGUGACUCAAACAGCUCACGGAGUAAAUAAAUGAGUAAAUAACGGGUAAAGAAGAGAUUCUCCUCCAUCAUCCUCUGGUCCGUGUUAAAGGAGGUACGAGCCCGGGGAUGCACCUGCCCUGAUGGCCUCGGAGGUGAACAUGUCCGGGGUGGGGGAGGUGGUGAUCGUUCUCCCGGAGACGGUGAGGGAAGUGCCCGAGGAGGAGGACGAGGAGAAGGCCGUGCUGGUCUCUGCGCAACUCGCCUCCAAACAAAGUGAAGAGAUGUCCGUGGGGACCCCAGAGGAGGCCCAGGCUGAGACCUCUGCUGCAGACGCUCUGUCCAAAGAGGCGGUCAUCGGUCAGCACUGCACACUCCGUCACACACAGCAGUUUAGAUUCAUAACAAUGACUUUUGGUGACUCUAAAUCAGUGAAACUGUCGGAGGAGGUGGACACAGAGGCAGACGUCUUCUACUCCAUCACGUGCGGAGACGCCAAAGCCACUCUGAUCUGGAAGAAGUUUGUGUGUCCUGGGAUCAAUGUGAAGUGUGUGCAGUUCAACUCUCAGCUCAUCAGUCCUAAAGAGUUUGUGUGUUUAGCGGGGAAGUCGACUCUGAAGGACUGGAAAAGAGCCAUCCGCCUCAACGGCACCAUGCUCAGGAAGAUCAUGGACUCCGGAGAGCUGGACUUUUACCAACACUCCAAAGUCUGCUCCAACACCUGCCGCAGUACCAAGAUCGACCUGGUGGGGGCCAAAGUGUCCCUGAGUGUGGACGGGGCCUCGGAGCUGCUGUCCACCGCCACCACCCCGGCCCCGGACUUGAACGGAAUGACUCUGUCCUUCUCAGAGUCCCCAGACGAAGCCUCAGAGUGGGUCACCGCCAUUGGGGAGGACUCGGUGACCUUCUGGAAAGCGGUGAAGGAGGCGGGGAUGCUGGACGAGGUGGUCCAGGACUUUGAGAAGGAGCUCCAGGACGUUCUGAAGGGGCUGGAGGAAAGAGCCAACGACCCUCCGCUGCAGGUCAAAGAUGCUGUGCUGCUGAAUAACAUUGUGCAGAACUUUGGGAUGUUGGACCUGGUGAAGAAAGUGCUGGCCAGUCACAAGAGCCAGAUGGACCGGUACCGGGAGCAGUACACGCGCAGCCUGGCAGCUCUGGAGCAGCAGUGUGACGAGCAUCGGAAGCGGGCCAAAGAGCUGAAGAGCCGCUCGCAGCAUCUGAACAACGUGCUGAUGACCCUGACCCCGGUGCCCUCGCCCCCGGUCGCCAAACGGCCCCGUCUGACCCGGGCGGUGUCGGGGCCGGCGGCCGUGGGGGGGUCGCCGCAGCAGAUCAGCCUUCCUCUGAGCCAGCUGAGCGGACUGCCUCUCGGCAAAGUGCUGACGGUGGCGGGGGCCCAGGCCGGCUCGGCUCUGGGGGGCUACACUCUGCUCACCUCGCCGCUGCCCGCCGGCGACCUGAGCGCCGACGCCUCCAACCUCACGCUGCUCCAGGACGGCGUGGUCAAAGUACUGGGGCCGCAGUUUCAGCUGCUCACUCUGCCCACCGCGCUGCAGGGCCCCACUAUGGAGGCUCUGUCCACAGAGGCCCCGGGCGCCACCGCCGAGGGCCCCGAGCCCGAGGGACCCGAGGGACCUGAGGGACCUGAGGGCCCCUCACAGGACCUGGCACAAGAAAGCCCUGCUCAAGAGGAGGCCCCUGAGCAGGCCACAGAGGAACCACCUCUGUCCACCACAGACUGACCGGACUCACACAUGUGUGUCUGAGUGUGUGUGUCUGAGUGUGUGUGUCUGAGUUUACUGUGUGUGUGUGUGUGUGUGUGUGUGUGUGUGUGUGUGUCUGAGUGUGUGUGUGUGUGUGUGUCUGAGUUUACAUGUGUGUGUGUGUGUGUGUGUGUCUGAGUGUGUGUAUGUGCGUGUGUGUCUGAGUUUACAUGUGUGUAAUGUGUGUGUGUGUGUGUGUGUGUGUGUGUAUAGGUGCACGUGUGUGUGUCUCUUUGUUUGUGUAUGUGUGUGUGUGUAUGUGUGUGUGUGUGUGUGUGUGUGUGUGUACUCUAUUACCUACAUUAAAGCUUCUUUCUGGACUGUG